GCUAAACCAACUCUUCUGGCCGUAUACGCUACCCUCAAGCAGGCAAAACUAAUGCAUAAUCUACUCACAUGGUUCCUUCACUCCAUGUAUGAAAAACGACACAUGAUUGUCGAUGAUAUCACGCCCAUGCUGGCACUUUGGGAGACAACGCGCGAUGGCAAGCGUGCCUACGACAUCAUAAUUAGAUUGUGCAGGUGGCGAACAGAAUGGUACCGAGAAACGGGGGCUUUUACUCAUCACGGUGUUGAUUCCUACUGGCCGUUCAAACGCACAUUUCGGACUAUCGUGCUCUCGUUUCUCCCUUCAGUCUUCUCUGACGCCCUCGCAUCCGUCCUCCAUGAAACUUUUCAUGAGACCGAGCCACGACGUCCUCAUGGCUCGUCCCUCGCCCCUCUUCGCACUUCCUCAGAAACCCGGCAGCAACUUGCGAAUGCUCUCGAGCACAUUGGCAUUCUGCUGGAUUUUAAGACACUAAUCAACUCAUCCUUGGACAGAGAGAUCGAGCGCCACGUUCUUGGGACAUGCGCAGGGGUUCGCGAUAUGCAUUGCUUACCAAUACUUAGGGCAUGGUUCGGCGAUAGAGUGAAGGGGUGGAUGACAGAUAUAUUUGGUAAAGAACGACCAGAUGCGGCAUACCGGAAGUUUGAACACCACAUGCUUAAAGUCCUCUGUGACCUACGAAUAUCGGAGUUGUUCGAUAUAAUCGUGGACUACGAGGAUAAAACUCACCCCUUACCCGUCCUCCAGGACCUGAAGGAUUGCUUGGCAAGGACAGGUCAGAGAAAGGAGCUUGUCAAGAGUCUGCGUGAAUCAACGACUCGACGGCUUCUACAGCCGGGUGCCGCGACAUCUGACAUACUUCAACAGUACGUAUCCACUAUCAAAGUACUACGAUAUUUGGAUCCGCCGGGUGUGCUCCUUUACGGCGUUGCCGAACCAAUACGGCGAUACCUCAGGGAUCGCCCGACUGCAUUAAGAUCAUCGUUGCAAAUCUCAUCCCUCGACGAUGACAAGGAAGGAGAGGGGUUUUUGUUUGAUGACCAGAACGAGCCGACCCCUAUCCAGGCAAAUGAGGAGGUCUAUGAAGACUACACAGAUCCGCACUGGAUGCCAGCAGCUAACGACGCGGAGCCUGGCUUCAGGGUACAAAAACCAAGCGAUAUAAUUAGCACGCUUGUGAGCAUCUUUGGUUCCAAGGAUUUGUUCGUCAAAGAACUCCAGGUCGCGUUUGGACAACGAUUACUCGCCAUCACAGAUGGGAAGUACGAUCAAGAGUUCCAUAACCUCGAGAUCCUCAAAAUUCGCUUUGGGGACUCUUCACUCCAUGUCUGCGAUGUAAUGACAAAGGAUUUGACCGAUUCAAGACGGCUUAACCAGAGGGUACAGAAGGAUAGUGACGAAGAACUUGUGCUGCAGCCGAUCAUAGUUUCUCAUUUGUAUUGGCCGCCGAUGCCGAGGACCAAUGUACAGAUGCCGGGACAGUUUGAAGCUUUGCAAAGGAAAUAUGAAAAGGCGUUCCGAUUGCAGAAACCGGAUAAAAAGUUACAUUGGAUCCCUAGCAUGGGCAUGGCGGACCUGACCAUCGAAAUGGAUGACGGACGUGAAAUCAAUGUAUCGGCAACUCCGCUUCAGGCCGCUGUCAUAGAAUUGUUCUCUCAGACUUCGUUAUGGACUGUUGACACACUAGCUGAAAAGCUUGGAAAGCUUGAUAUUACGAGUGUUGCGCUGGCGCUUCUGUUUUGGCAAGGUCAAGGAGUAAUCAAGGACAUUGGGAACCAUACCUUCCGACUCCGAGACAGCGUUGACGAAGCUCCUCCCUCAAUCGCCACUGCAGGUACGAACAGCUUGGAUGGGCAUCAGAAUAAUUCCUCAAUAGGUUACAUAUUGCCAGGAUCCGCACAUUAUGAUCUUGCUCCUGAAACUCCUCAACGUGAUUUCACCGUGUAUUUCAAUUAUGUGAAUGCAAUAUUAACCAAUUUAGGUCCUCUUCCUGUGGAUCGCAUCAACAGCAUGCUCAAGCUUGUCCCGGGACCUCCACUGACAUGGGCAGAGACUUUACAGCUCCUUGAAUUGAUGAAACAGAAUGGCUCGAUCGACUUCCGCAAUGGAGUUUGGACGCUGACCAUUGCCUGAUGGAUAAGGGAGUCCGGAUGUACAUUAUGUCCUAUCCUUUGUUGACAUAGCGAUUAAGUCCUCUUCUCGCUUCUCAUUCCAUUUAGGACUGAUCGCUCGAAAUAAGUGGUCCAGCGUGGUAUAAAGCCGCGAGUUACCCACUACCUAUGGUUACACAUGUAAAGAGGAUGAUUGAGCGAAAUGGCUAUUGGGGGGCAGUGUAGACUCACUGAGUACCCUUGUUGUGUAAGCCUCACAAUGAUCGAGUUUCCUUCCAAGAGUUUUACAGGGACCUCGGCGCUUGGUCCCAAGAUCUCCUUCUCGUCCUCGGUGUAUUCCCUGACUCUGCC